GAUAAACAGACUCAGCCGUGUGGUAGAUUUGGGGUUUCUUUAAGCACGAAUAGGGUGGCUGAAUUUUGCUUAAAAACAUCAAUUGACUUUUGUGUUCAUUAUGGAAAUGCUGGUGUAAAGUCUGCAGGAGACAAUGGAGAAAAAAUGGACGUACUGCGCUGUCUAUUCCAUCAUCCAGAUCCAUUUUGCCAGAGGAGUAUGGGAAGAAAUAUUCAGUACAAGAGAAGACGUUUAUGUUCUACCUGGCUCUGAUGUCAACCUUACCUGCCAAACACAGAAGAAAGGGUUCUUGGUGCAGAUGCAAUGGUCCAAGAUCACUGACAGGGUGGACCUGAUUGCACUUUAUCAUCCCCAACAUGGCUUCCACUGUACCCAUGGGAGGCUCUGUGAGUCACUGGUAACUUUCACAGAAGCUCCUGAGAAUGUGUCAAAAUGGACUCUUCACUUAAGGAAUGCAUCUUCCUUACUCAGUGGAAAGUACGAGUGUAGCUUUACUCUGUAUCCAGAGGGCAUUCAGAGUAAAAUCUACAACCUUCUCAUUCAGACUCACGUUAUGCGGGAUGAAUGGGGAAGCGACCACACAAUAGAAAUAGAGAUGAAUCAGACUCUGGAAAUACCAUGCUUUCAAAAUAUCUCCUCAGAAAUUUCGUCUGAGUUCACCUUUGCAUGGUUGGUGGAAGAGAAUGGGACUCAAGAAACACUUAUCACUCAAGAUCACCGCAUCAGCAAUUCCACUUUAUUCAAAGACAGAGUCAAGCUAGGUGCCGACUACGGACUCCAACUCUCUCCAGUCCAAAUUCAUGAUGAUGGCCAGAAGUUCUCUUGCCAUGCUAGAGUCGGGCCCGACAAAAUGUUGAGGAGCUCCACCACAGUCAAGGUUUUUGCUAAGCCAGAAAUCUCCAUGAUUGUGGAAAAUAGCUCCAUGGAUGUCUUGGGAGAGAGAACAUUUACCUGCUCACUAAGGAAUGUGUUUCCCAAAGCAAAUCUCACAUGGUAUAUAGAUGGAAUGGUUUUUCAAGGUGAAGAAGAAGGAACAAACAUUACCAAUGAAGAGAGGAAAGGCAAAGGCAAAUUUUUGGAACUGAAGUCUGUUUUAACAAGGGUACAUGGUAAUAAACCAACCAAAUCAAACCUGACCAUUUGGUGUGUGGCUCUGUCUCCAGCCCCUGGAAAUAAGAUGUGGAAUGUCUCAUCAGAAAAGAUCACUUUCUCUUUUGGUUCUGUGAAUCUUCCAACGGAUCCUCCACUCGGUGUUUCAGAAUCUACCUUCAGCACCCACCCGUCUUCAGCCAACAGUGAAACUCCUACAAGAUAUCCAGUUACAACUUCUAUGGCACUGGUGGAUGUGAGCACAUCGAGGCCAGAUGACGCCUCUCCAACCAGCAAUUUCAAUGUGACUACUCAAGGAUUCCGCUCUUUUUUUUCCUGGACCUCCAGUGGGACAGAUCCUCAAAAAUCAGUUUCAGAGAUACCCAGUAAAACAUAUAGUUCGUCACCCUCAAGAGCAAGCUCAACACUUGAUGAUGAGGUCUUCACCAGCACGACCAGGGCACUUUCAGAAGUUCUCACAACUGCCAAUGGAUCUACUAAAAGAAAUCGCAUCGUUAUCACUGGUACUGUGAUUAAUAAGCCCAAAGAUGGAAUGUCCUGGCCAGUAAUUGUAGCAGCUUUGCUCUUUUUCUGCAUGGUAUCAUUUGGUAUUGGAGUGAGAAAAUGGUGUCAGUACCAAAAAGAAAUCAUGGAAAGACCACCACCUUUCAAGCCACCACCACCUCCCAUCAAGUACACCUGCAUUCAAGAGCCCAUUGGAAGUGAUCUGCCUUGUCAUGAGAUGGAGACACUCUAGUCUUUGAGACUGGGCCAUACAGCAGAACUCUGCUAGAAUCCUAUCAAGAAGGUAGACAUUGUGCUUGUUAAUAUAAUCUCCUCCAGCCAAGCCUCUGCUGCAGCUGAUAGCAGAUGUCAGAAGUGAAUGACCUGUUUCUCCUCAACUCGCCCUCUCUUAUCUGCAUGUGCCUAAAAUUUAAACAGGAGUUAAGAAUGUAUGUCAUGCUCAUGCCCAGUGCGAUCUGUAGAGAUUUUCUUGCUUAUAUAGGAAAUGCACAUUAGGCUUCAGUCAUUAAAAAAUACUUAAAGUGUUUUCAUUUUAAUUUUCUGACUGAGAGGACAGCAAUCAUUCUAAACAUAUGUCUAUACCAGAUUCUCUUCUUGUGGACAGCUGCCAACAUUUUAUGUGCCAAAAUUCUGAGAAUUUCUGAGUCUUGCAUUCCCCAAGAAAAUUAUGACAAGAAGAAAAUAUAAAUGUUCCUGCAAGGGUAUAAAAUAAUAGGGAAGUAUGGCUAAUCUUCAUAUUUUACCAUUUAUUUUUGCUGAAGAAACGCAGAAUAGCUUGCAUAAGAACCACAAUUUUUAAGGGAAAUUUUCGCUAUAGGGUAUGUGCACUUGUCAGAGACACAGAGAGACAGAAAGUGAGAAAUCCUCCUCUAGUGGGGAUGGCCACUCUGCAAUUCCUUCUCCUCUCUUCUCCUUGUAGGAUUUUGGGCACAUACUCACGUAUGAGUUUCAAGCCUCUGGGUCUGAGAUUUGAACCCCAGUCGACCAUGUGGGAGUUCAGUGAUAUAAACAUUACACCAUCAACUGGUCCCCAAAACCACAUUUUUAGUCCUCCUUCACCCUUUUUCCCAUCACGUUCAGCCUAGGCUUCUGAUGUAUGGACCAAGAUGAGAAGGGAUCAAAGAGACACCUAGUUAACCACCAAGUAGUCUAGUAGAUACAAGACCUUACUGUCUAUAAAGUUAUAUUAGCUAAGAACGGUUUCAUUCUCAGUUUUUCCUCUCAGUGUGUACACAUCAAACUAGCAUCAAACCAUUACAUAAGUAAUCAGGCAGCUAACUCUAAUCCAAUUCACCGAAUUCACAUUAUAUUCUUUUCAUGUGGGAACUUUUUCAUUCAUUCUUAGAUAAAAACAGGAAUGUUUUUAUCUAUCUUGAAACACAAAAUAAAAAGCCUAAAUCAGGCUGGCACUGAUAAAUUCACUGUGCAUCUACCAUUUUUUUUCCUAUGUAGUGCAUGCACUCACUGGAGAGACAGAGAAAGAGAGGGAAAGUGAAAAGUCACCUCCUCCUUCCCACAGUGGAUAACCAUGCUCAAUCUCUUCUCCUCCACUCUCCUCUUGGGAUUUUAGACAUGCAUGCACAUGCACCUGGCAUGUUUCUCAAGCUACAGAGUCUGGGGCUUAAACCACACAUUGGGUCAUGUGAGAUCCAUCUGCCUUACCCAUUCGAUCACCUGGCCGACCCUCCUACCAAUCUUUUACAAAGCAAUUCAAGCAGAAUGUAGAGGUACCAGAGGAAACUUUGUCAUACUGUAUAUUCAGCAACUGUUUGUGAGUUCACAACUUACUAAUUCCCUUUGUUCCCCCAAACUUCCCUGUACUUUCUGCUCCUGAAAGGAAGAACAGAUGUUGGCAGAUAUAAUAAUAGGAAAAUUAUGUAUAGACUUUAGUUCCAAAAGAAACCUUUAGUUCGUUUUCAGUAUACUAUCCUCGACUCCACAUGAGAAUAACUUGGAGAGUGUCUUUUGUAAACAUCAUGGCUAUCCCACUCUAGUUCAAUUAAUUCAGAAUCUUUGAGGGGUGAAACACAAGCAUCAGCAUUCUCUCAUGAUUCAUUGUUCAG